UCCCUUUCCCUCUGAAUGAUUCAGGCGCUAAAAAUUUCAGAGAAAAUUUCGACUCCCGCUAAAUCUUCUCUUUCUUUUUGGUUUUUGAAAUUCGUCUCAAUUAUCGCAUCUAUAUGCGUUUUUCUCUCGUCCUCGGCAAGCUUGAGCGAGUUAAUUUUCACGUUACUGUUGAUUGCUAUCUGAUGUAGAUCCAGAACUGAUUCUUUUUGUACUGAUUGCUUGGUCUUUUGCUGCAUUUGAUUGUUUUCUUGUUUGGAAUUAACCUUACCGGAUCAUUCUAUUUUCUAUUGUGCAAUCUUAUGGCGUUCUAUGAAGCUCCCUCGUUCUCUCUCGGCCUUGAUUUAGAUUUCGAUUCGGAGCCUCAAAUUCCGCCACCAGCUUCGGACUGUUCGGCGGGAGCCAAUGCUUCGUCGAAAGAGGACGAUUGUGGAGCGGUGGAGACAGGGGUUGCGGAUUGCAGUGAAGAAACUGGACAUGAUUCGCCUAGAAAAUUUAAGCGGCUCAAGCGUGGGCCAGCUCGAUGUUCUUCGGGAGCCAAGAAAAGCGAAUCAUCACCUUUGUUUUCUGUAGUUGAUGAUGACAUUGAAGAGUUUUCAUCACAAGAAGAUUCUCCCAGAGUUUCGUCACUCCAUCAAUCUGUCUGCAACAGUUCAAAGGUCCCUUUACAUGGGAUCUUUACUGUUCCCACUUCCAGCCAGCUGAAGGAAAAGAAAGAUAAACAGACUGCAGAUGCCUCAACUUCUGUUGGUUUGGAAGAGAAAAAUAAGUCCUUGUUUUCUAAUUUAACCAUCAGUCCUCUUCGAAAGUUCCAGUUACUUGAUUCUGAUUCAGAUGAGCCUUCUAGCUGUGACAAGCAAAGCAGAAAAGGGUAUGAAGUUUCUUCAUCUUUAAACAAGCCAAAGUCUACAUUUGGUCUCUCUGCAACAGUGGAUGAGAAAAAGAAAAGUUUGACAGCGAGUAUUACUCAAAAAGAGGAUCUAUGGAAAGAUUUUUGUCAAACUAAAAAUUUUCAUUUGCCAACUCCAGCCUUUGAUGAGGUCUGUAAAGAAUUUUCGCAGUUAAAGAAGGAUAAUAAAGCAACUACAGAACUUGGAAGUAGUGCCCAUAUAAGCUGCAUGGAUAAUCAUACUACCAAUAGUGGCUACUCAAACGAACUGGUGGAUAAGCUUGGCUGCCCUGCUCAUUACUAUUUUUUUCAUAAUGACCCAAGAAUUCAGAGAUUAGUUCGUAAUCGCUUACCGAACUUUUCCCCAUUGGGAGUUGAUGGAAGCAGAGGAUCAAUGAUUGAUUAUGUGAGACAGUUUAGCAACGGAGAGGCUUCUACUAGCCGACCAUCACAGGUUAACAUGGAGAAAAGUUCAAAAAGAUCAACAAAUAUAUCUAAAAGAUCUAAGAACAAUGCCUCCAAAUGUUGGGCCAAUGAGAAAGCUGUAUCACCGUUAAGCAGUAAAAAAACACCCAAAAGAUCAGCAUCUCAAAAAAAUAAAAUUGGUAGCAGUUCAAGAAAUGUUAGAAGGAAACCAGGGGCAUCAAACCGUGAAGAACUCUUACAGAAUUCCGGAAACUGGAUUGAUCCAAAGGGCUCUCUUAGUCUUCCUAGAGAUGCUGGGAAACGAAGGGUCCAUGCAGGUGGGCAAUCAGCUGGUCACUGGUAUACAUCCCCAGAAGGGAAGAAGGUAUACGUCACUAAAAGUGGGGAGGAGUUGACCGGCCGAACGGCAUAUAGAUUGUACAAAAAGGAUACUGGAGGCUUUAGGAAGUCAAAAAAGAAAGGAACAGGCAAGAAGAAGAAAACUUAAAACGAUACCGCGCACGGGAGGCAAAACUGCACGGGAUCCAAAUGUUAGUUACACUGCCAUCUUAUUUUUGGCCUGUUUGGAUGACUUUCUAAGUGUUUUUAAGCGCUUAAAAAGUUGUAUUUCUUCGUUACAAUUACCGUUAGCUGUUUCUUAUACAUGUAACAACUUUGUCUAGUUUUAAGCCAACCAAUCUUCCAGAGAACAUAGCAGAUUGUUUUCUUGAUUCUUUCAACAUUAUGCUUCUUCAAUGUACCAAACCAAACCGUUGAAUUUAGGAAUUUAGGCUUUGAAUUCUGACUGAUAGCCGAGCCAGACAAUUUUCUCCAGUCCACUAUGCCCCAGUGUACAGACACUAAAUGUUAUAUGAUUAACAUGAUGAAGUUACUAUUCUUCAGCAUUCUUUUAUCA